AUGGACUCAUCAUCACGGAUGACUGCUAAUAAUUCAAAUAUUCGAACAAAUCCAUCUAGUUUUUGGUCCAAUAGAGGCUAUCGAAAACGUAAAGUAGAUGCGAAUGAUUUUGAAGACAAAUGUCAAAAUAAAAUAUUUAUAACCGAAGAAAUAUUAAUUAAAAAUAUGCAAACACUUUCAUUAGAUUUAUCUGAAAAUAAAAAUGCAUCAAUUUUCCAUGAUUUACAAGACGAUGAAGAAGAGAAUACUAAUCAAAAUGAAACAGAUAAUGUAUCUCGAAGAGGAACACGAUUUGAAUUACAUAAAUUAUUAAAAGAUAAUUUAAGAAAAGAUGAUUUACAAGAUAGUUUAAUUAAUAAACUUUAUGAUUUUGAACGAAAGAAACUCUCUAUGCAAAUUGUACCUUAUAUGCCAAUUUAUUCAUUGCAAGCCAAUAAUAAUAAUAAUAAUAAUAAUCCAUCAAUGGACGAAAAAGAACAAGAACAAGAAAAUCAAAAUCAAAAUCAAAAUCAAAAUCCAUCUCCUAUUAUAGUUAAGCCAGUAAAAAAAGAAGAUGAUGAUCUUUUAUUCAAGCGACCAUUUCCACCAACACCUUAUACAGUUGAAGAACCACCUGAAAAUACAACUAAACGAACUUCAAAAAUGAAAAGGAGUUAUUCUCAAUCCGUAAGAUAUAAUAGCAAUCUUUCAGUAAUUGAAUUAAAAAAUGAUACAAAUGAUUAUUCAUUAUGUCCGACAGAAUCAGAUUAUUUUAUUGUUGAACCAAGUACACCUGUUGUGACUGACUCUUCAGCCAGCUGUUCGAAGUCUAUACUACAAUCAAAUCAACCAUCAAUACAAAUAACUGAAUAUUUUGAUUUUCCAUCAACAUCAUCAAGUAACACUAAUAAUAAUAAUAAUUUUUCAAAACCACUUGAGGAAUCAAUGUCGUCUGCACCAGAUACACAAAUAGCAUCAAAUAUGACAACACCAUGUGAAACAACAAUAAAUUCAUCUGAAGUUCCAAUUGAAACUCCGAAAAAAAAAUUUGAUUUAAAAAUACUUCGGGAUGCAUUUGUUAAUUGUGUUCAACCUGAUAAUACACUUAUACUUAGUGAAUAUGUUCGUGCUUAUGAAGAAUUAUGCACUUUUGUUUGUUCUCUCGGUACUGUAUUUGAAUGGGCAACAAAAGAUUUAUCAGGUAAACUAAUUAUGUUAAGAGAACACAUACGUCUUGACCCAAUUAAUUAUGAUUCUAUCCAAUCAAUGAUUCUAUAUGAAAUUGAAUCAGGACGCAUACAAUCAAGAGAUACAUCAAUAUUUAUUGUACCUGGAAAACCAUUACAUAAUGGAUGUCGAACAUUAUUGAGAUUACAUCGUGCACUUGCUUUUCUUUCGGCAUUUUUAACUCAAAUGCGUUUGGCACCAGAUGAUGCUAGUUCAGCAACUAUUGCUUGCAAUGCAUAUUCAGCAACACUUGCACAAUUCCAUUUAUGGCCUGUUAGAUAUACGAUUAUGGGUGCCAUUAAAUUAACACUACCGAGUCGUCAAGAACUUGUGAAUAAAUUGCUCACAGAUCGAAGUACUGAUGAAAUUAAUACAUACACUGAUGAAAUAGUACAAGCAUGUAAUACUAUUGAACGCACAACACAGGAACUUUUUAAAACUUAUAAUUUGACGAAAUUACCAUAA